AUGGCUGAUACCGACGCCCCUUUGGACUGCAGCGGCGAAGCUGUCGACGACACCCGCCGUGGUCUCCGCAUCGGUGCCAUCUUCAUCAUCAUGGCUGCCUCUCUCGUUGGCGCCUUGGCGCCCGUCCUGCUGGCUCGUCAGACCAAGAUGCACGUCCCCAAAUUCACCUUCUUUAUCUGCAAAUAUGUCGGUACUGGUGUUAUUGUUGCCACGGCCUUCAUGCACUUGCUUGAUCCCGCCAUUGACAACUUCAGCGACGAAUGCGUUGCUGCUCGCGUUCCCGAGUACCCAUGGGCUCUCGCCAUUGCUCUCAUGACCGUCAUGACCAUGUUCCUCCUUGAACUCGUCGUUACCAACUUCCAGAAGGACGAUGAACACAACGCCACCGCUUACGAUAGCGAAGUCCCCUCGAUGGACUACAUUGCUAAGAAGCGUCCGGGCAUCGAGGAGACUACCGCUGACUGCCCUCACGGCCCUGAUCUGGAACAGGCUGCUGGCAUCGACCCCAAGAAGGUUCCUGGUCGCGCUGAUGAUGUUAGCUACCCGCCUGGUGGUGAGGAUCAUCUUGCCCACGUCCAAUCUCACACGGCGGCCGAGACUGGCCUUGCUGGUCAGCUCACUGCCAUUUUCGUGCUCGAAUUCGGUGUCAUCUUCCACAGUGUAUUUGUUGGUCUGACUCUCGGCACUACCACCGAACUUGUCGUUCUGCUCAUCGUCCUCGUCUUCCACCAAAUGUUUGAGGGUCUUGGUCUGGGCUCCCGCAUUGCUACUGCACCGUGGCCCAAGGACAAGCAAUGGCUUCCCUACCUUUUGUGCUUCGGCUUCGCCAUCUCAACUCCAGUCGGCAUCGCCGCCGGAAUGGGUGCCAAGCCCGCCAACGCCACCGACCAGAAGCUCACCAACGGUAUCUUUGAUUCGAUCAGUGCCGGUAUUCUCCUGUACACUGGUCUUGUCGAGCUGCUUGCCCACGAGUUCAUGUUCAACCCCCACAUGCGCCGCUCCCCGCUCAAGAUUCAGCUCUUUGGCUUUGGCUGCAUCGCUUUCGGUGCCUUCGUCAUGGCACUGCUUGCCAAGUGGGCAUAA